AAAGUGAACAGUUUCUGUCCGAUCGGACUACAAAGUGGACGUCAGUUGUCUCCAAACGUAAAUAUAUAAACUGUACUGUUUAGUGAAUUGAAUGACGAAAGCGUUGCCAUAUUCAAAGGCACUAAAAUGUUAAAAUUAGGAUUUUUAAUAGUGUUAUUUGUGGGAUCGUGUCUAGCAGACGUUGCUGGAUGGAAUGACGUUCAGGCAGACUUCAAACAUGGCGAUAAAUAUGGAUCUGUAAACAAUAUUAAGGGAUUACAUUACACCCAACACGAGGCUUCGGUGAAUGCAGCCCGCAAGGGAGCCGCAGAACGAUUGGCUCGAAUCAGUAGCGAUUCUGUGGCGGGCAAUCCAUGCGGGUCUACGAUUUGUUACAGCAAUUCAGGAUUCUCUGAUAACAGUGAUGCUGAAACUGUUGGUCAAGGAAUUGUUGGAUUCACCGGUGGAUCAAGCAGUGCCAGUAGUUCGAAGUAUCAGGCAAGUUCCCAUCGUGAAGCCGUUAAGAGUGCCGUUCCAGUUUACCCAGCAGUCGAAGGAUCCAAAUCAAGCUAUGUCAGUGCUUCACAGCGUCACAGUGCCUCUAGUGUCAGUUCUGGUCAACCACUGAAUUACAUCGUCGGUUCCGAUGGCGUUAAAACCAGAUCAAAUUUUGCGGCUUCUAGCGGAUCAACCGUGGUCCAACCAAUCAUUGCAUCUGCAUAUCCCAUUGGCCAAGAAACGUCUCAGAGUAGUUUUUCAGCCGCAAAUCGUGACAGUACCUCUGGAGUCUACGCAGUUCCGGUCGACACCAGCAAUGCGUACAGAACUAGAUCCAGUUAUACUGCUGCAUCCGAACGAGAAAGUUCUUCGGUAGCCCAACCAGUGCUUCCGGUGUAUGCGUCUGGAGAUCAUGCUUCUAAAUAUGUCACUUCUGGUAGACAGGAAAACCGUCAUCGAUACUCUCCAUCCAGCACCUACGUCGUCUAUGGAAACCCUAUUCCCGUGCGUGUGUACACUCCGGUGAAUUCAAAUUUCGAAAGCUCAUCCCGUUUAGGAAACUCCGAAAGCUCGGUUGUCACCCCCGUAAAGGUAUAUCCAGUUCGUACUGCCGAUCAGUAUUCAUCAGCUGAAGAUCUACAAUCGGUCCAAUCCGCUAACAUUCAACCGAUACCAGUCUACGCAAGCUCGUCUGAUCAUUCUUCCCAGGCAGCAUCCAACUAUCGGUCAUCAUCCAGCUACCGUCCUGUCUACCAACCAGUCUAUAACAAUCGUGUUUCAGCUUCGGACCGAACCGAAGAAUCUCACAGUGAAACGUCGGAUAGUGCGGUUCCCGUAGUAGCGGCCGUUCCAGUUGUGAGUUCCGCUUCCGAACGGCAGGAAGAACGAUAUGGAGAUUACACUCGCAAGGGUAGUACACAUUAUGUGCCGGUUGCCGUAGGCUCAGGAUUAACUUCAUCCCAAUUAUCAGCACACGAUCAUCGACGCACUCAGACCGGAUCCUCAUAUGUUCCCAUUGUUCCAACUGGAGGAUCAACAUCUUCUUCUUCAUCGCAAUAUUCCGCACAAGAGCGUCGGGAACAGAAAGGUCACUCAUAUGUACCGAUAGUUCCAAUUGGAUCAACGUCUUCUUCCUCUUCGAAGUACUCAGCGCAGGAUGAACACCAUCAGAGAGCAGCUGGUUAUCCGUACGUACCAGUUUCGGGUACCUCGUCUUCCUUGUCUUCUCAGUAUUCCGCGCAAGACCGUCGUCAGCAGCAAACAGCAGGAGGUUCAUACUAUCCAAUCGGAGCAGUUAAUCAAGGUUCGCGCUACUCGGCUUCUGAAUCGGCCAAUAGCUACAACCAACAACGACUUCAGGGGGGAAGUUUUGUUCCAUACCCGAUUACCAACGAUGACCUAGGUCAACGAUUUGGAGCGGGAGGACUAAGCUUCGGAACUAACAACGACCUCGGCGAACUGAUGACCGAAUCGGAACGUUUGGCCAAGCUGCAGGCAAAGAAUGCCUACCAGGGUGCGGUGGCUGGAAGCUCUGCCAUCGACACGGAAAACCGCUUCGGAGAUGACAGUAUUAGCGGUAGCGAUUCCGGCUUAGGAGGAUUCAAACGAACGAAAUCGUGGUCAAGCAGCUCCAAGUGGGCUUCCGGACAGAAGUACGAUGAUGCCGGUAAGGUUAAAUCCUACAGUUCGCUUUCAACGGCAGAAAGUGAACAGCAUAACAUCGAUGGAAAGAAGACCGGAUACAAGGCUGCCACAACGACGCUGGAGGAUGACGGCAAAGUUAGCACGUAUAGCUUACACACGCCGUAAAUGUAGGAAUGUAGGAUUAAUGUUAUUGUUAAGUAUUUUUGACUGAAAUAAAUUUUUGAAAUUCAAAAC